CCUCAUUGCGCGGGUCUGUCAAAAAAAAUAUCUGCCUCAUAAAUGUCUCGAGCCAACGCCUCAGCUCCAUGUGAUAAUAAUCCAGCUUUCAUAUUAAUGACCGGAUAAACGUUGUCAGUGGAGAGAAAACUGGUAUGUUUGUAUGCAGCAGUUCCUUCUGUUAGAGGAAGCGUUAUAACCUUACGUGACAGUCCACAAAUUGGAUUAGCGCUAAGUAAAGCCACCUUAGUUUAGCAAACUUGGUAGCUAGGUAACGUUAGCUGAACGGUUGCUACGCUACGCAUGGACCUCUCUCUUCACCAUUUCAGUGUAGUCUAUGCUAACAUAACGUUACAGUACUAAGUCUUUAGUUAGGUCAACAACAUGGAUAGUUACAGUCAGAGGUUUGACUCCACUACCGGACGAGACAGUAAAUCUCAAAAGAAGAAGGGUUCAUCCAACCAGAACUCAUGUUACGACGAUGGAGACCGCAAACCAAAGUUUCACUUACCCUUUAGAAACAUCACAGACGAUGUGCUGGACAGAUUCGCCAGUAUUCGGAUUCCGGGUAGUAAAAAGGAGCGACUACCCUUAUCAAACUCUAAACACAAUACCAGUGACUGGUCCAUUUCUUCAUCGUCCACCUCGCACCAGUUUGAGGAACUUUCGUCAAAGAUCACCUCAGAAAAAGAGAUCUUGGCUCUGUUUGAAAAGAUGAUGGAGGACAUGAACUUGAAUGAGGACAAAAAGACUCCUUUGAGAGAAAAGGACCUCAACACAAAGAGAGAAAUGGUCAUCCAGUAUGUUUUUACUGCCUCUAAAACUGGCAACUUAAGAAGCAGCCAUCAGAUAUCUCCCCAGGAAUUCCUGGGAGAACUGAAGUCAGGGGUGAUGGACGAACGUCUCUUUGCCUGUCUAGACUCAUUGCGAGUGUCCCUCACCAGCAACCCUGUCAGUUGGGUGCAGAGCUUCGGGCAUGAGGGUCUUGGAUUGCUGCUGGACGUUUUGGAAAGGUUGCUGCUCAAGAAACAGCAAGAGAAGAUUGACAAAAAGAAUCAACAUAAAGUUGUCCAGUGUAUCAAAGCCAUCAUGAACAAUAAGUAUGGCUUGGAUCGAAUCCUCGGGGAGGAGAAAAGUCUUGCAUUACUGGCAAGAGCCAUUGAUCCCACCCAGUCUGCCAUGAUGACUGACGUGGUAAAGCUGCUGUCAGCCAUCUGCAUCGUGGGCGAAGAGAACACUUUGGAAAAGGUCCUUGAAGCCAUCACCACAGCAGGGGAAUGGCGAGCCAUCGAGAGGUUCAGUCCCAUUGUGCAGGGACUACGAGAUCGUUCGGUUCAAUUACAAGUGGCAUGCAUGCAGCUCAUCAAUGCACUAGUGACGUCCCCUGAUGAGCUGGACUUCAGGCUGCACAUCAGAAAUGAAUUUAUGCGCUGUGGCCUGAAAGAGAUAUUGCCGCACCUGACAGCCAUCAGGAACGAGGCCCUUGACAUUCAGCUAAAGGUGUUUGAGGAGCACAAAGAAGAGGACAUGAUAGAGUUCUCUCAUAGGCUGGAAGACAUCAGGGGCGAGCUUGAUGAUGUGGGGGAUGUGUUCAGUAUUGUGCAGAGCUUGGUGAAGGACAGCAGUGCAGAGCCCUAUUUCCUCUCUAUACUGCAGCACCUGAUGCUUAUACGCAACGACUACUUGGUCAGGCCCCAGUACUUUAGGAUCAUUGAGGAGUGUGUGUCUCAAAUCGUGCUCCACCGUAGUGGCACUGACCCAGACUUCAGUUACCGCAAGCGCCUGGAUGUGGACUUCAGCCACCUCUUAGAGGUGUGUGUCGAUAAAGCUCGAUCUGAUGAGUAUGAACAAAGAGCUUCAGAACUGGCACAGAAGUUUGACGACGAGUUUCUAAGCAGACAGGAGGCACAAGCUCAGCUGGUUAAGUGUGAUGAAAAAAUAACUGAACUCCAAGCAGAGCUGCAGGCCUUCAGGUCCCAGUUUGGAGCUGUACCUGUGGCUCUGUCCUCUGCCCAGGUCGGACAGGCGUCCGCUUCCUCAGCAUUCCCAUCUGGGCCUCCACCGCCUCCUCCACCGCCUGGGAUGCCAGCCCCCCCUCCUCCACCUCCUCCACCUCCUUUACCUGGUUGUCCUAUCCCACCUCCCCCACCUGGAGUGCCUCCUCCAUUUGGUGCCCCCCCUCCACCUCCUCUAGGGUUUGGGGGUAGUCUAGGCUCCCCCACCCAACAAGUGCUGCCUUAUGGCCUCAGGCCUAAGAAGGAUUUCAAGCCUGAGACCGCCAUGAAGCGCCUCAACUGGUCCAAGAUUCGUCCCCAGGAAAUGUCAGAGGGCUGUUUCUGGGUGCGGGCUGAUGAGAAACAAUACGCAAAACCAGAAUUACUCUCCAGAGUUGCUCUCACUUUUGGUUCACAAAGAACAGCCAAAAAAGAAGAGGAGGAUCUGGAGGAUAAGAAAUCCAUAAAGAAGAGAAUUAAAGAGCUCAAGGUGCUCGAUCCUAAGAUUGCACAAAAUCUCUCCAUCUUCCUGGGUUCCUUCCGUAUGCCUUAUCAGGAAAUCCGUCGGAUGAUAGUGGAGGUGGAUGAGGAGCAACUCACUGAACCUAUGAUCCAGAACCUUGUGAAUCACCUACCGGAGCAGGAGCAGCUGAACGCCUUGGCCAAGUAUAAAAAUGAAUACGCAAAUUUGUCAGAGCCUGAGCAGUUUGGGGUUGUGAUGAGCAGUGUGAAGCGGCUGCAUCCUCGCCUCAGCCACAUCCUCUUCCGUCUGCAGUUCGAGGAGCAGGUAAACAACCUGCGUCCAGACAUCCUGGCUGUAAACGCUGCUUGUGAUGAGGUCAGGAAGAGCCGCUCCUUUGGCCGACUGCUGGAGCUCGUGCUGCUGCUGGGGAAUUACAUGAAUGCAGGCUCUCGAAACGCCCAGUCAUACGGCUUCGACCUCAGUUCACUCUGCAAGCUAAAGGACACGAAGUCAGCGGACCAAACGACCACAUUACUCCACUUCCUGGCGCAAAUAUGUGAGGAGGAAUUUCCAGAUGUGAUCAAGUUUGUUGAAGACCUGGAACAUGUGGACCGAUCUAGCAGAGUGUCUGCAGAGAAUCUGGAAAAGAGCCUCCGGCAGAUGGAGAGGCAGCUGCUGCAGCUGGAGAGAGACUUGGAGACUUUCAACUCCCCCGAUGACCCCAACGACAUGUUCCUCACUAAAAUGGCUAGCUUCAGCAAGGUUGCCAGGGAGCAGUAUGGCAAGCUGGUGAUAAUGCACAGCAACAUGGAGACGCUCUAUCAGAACAUGCUGGAGUACUUUGCCGUUGAUCCCAAGAAGACCUCUGUGGAGGAGCUGUUCACUGAUCUCAGCAACUUCCGUGCCAUGUUCACUCAAGCACUGAAGGAAAACCUGAAGCGGAGGGAGUCAGAGGAGAAGCAGAGGAGAGCACGGGCAGCGAAGGAGAAGGCUGAGCGUGAGAAGCAGGAGAGACAGCAGAAGAAGAGGAGGUUGCUGGAAGUCAAUGCAGAGAAUGAUGAGACAGGCGUGAUGGAUAGUUUGCUGGAAGCCCUACAGUCAGGAGCUGCAUUCAGAGACCGCAGGAAGAGAGCGCCAAGACCCAGAGAUAACCAGCAGAAGACGAUCAGCCCCAGCUCCUUCCGCCAGGUUCUCAGGCCUGUUAACCAUGAAAACAUCAAGGCACCUUUACAAAGGUCUCGCUCUCGGCAGAAUAUAAAUUUAGGCUCAGCGGUGGUGAAAGCUGCCCCUGCCAAGGAGGCCCAUAACGAGUCUGAGGGCCAUCCAUCUGCAGCCCGGGCCAAGGCCGCUGCGUGUUCCGAGUCCGGCCGCAGGUACAGGAACGCCCCGGGUCAGAGCCACUGGCUGGACCGAGAGAGGGUGGUGGAGAGAGAGACGAUUAAGCCGACUGAGAAAAUGACGGAGGUCGAAGCAGAGUUGCCGGCCUCCCAGCCGUCCUCCACCGGUGCUGCGGUCAGCAGCUGUAGCACCAACGGAGAGUCCGAUUUAGAGGCACUCCUGGCCAGACUCAGGGCCUUGUGAGGUGAAAUUACACACAGCAUACAGUAUAUUUGUAAACACAGCCAUUAACACACUCUGAAUGUGACCAAAAAUAUUUUUUUCUUCAACAAUUUUAUAAAGAAGCAGAAAAUGUAGUUAGUAAGACAAAGUUGUGAAAGAUUAAUUUGGCGUAAAUAGUAAGGCAAUCAAAUUAACAUAAAAAAAACAAACAAGGAUUUUUUUAAAAGCAUCAUAAAAAAUUAAUUUAUAUAAAACUAUCAAUGAAUACGAGGACCUUGCUUUCAAUCCUUCUCUAAAAGAAAAUUCAGGCAGGUAGAGCAAAGACAGCUGGAAACACUGGCAAAUAUAAUGUCCUCAGAGGUCAUUUUAUGAAAUAGAUAAUAUAUUUACAAAAGUUGUGGUUUAAUGGAAACACUUUAAGGUCCAGUAUGCAGGAUUUGGCGGUAUCUAGCGGUGAGGUGAGGGGAUUGCAACCAACUGAAGCCUCUCCCGUGUGCAAAGGGUGUUGGAGAGCUACGGUGGCCGACGCAAACUGCCUUCUCUAGAGCAAUUUAGAGCAGAGCCAGUGCGUAGAAAGUGUGUGUACGUGGGAAGUGAGUGGUGAAGCAAAAGAGAGAGAGCGACGGUGACAAGUAACAUUAUCAACUCCUGUAGCUCCUGUAGAAACAUUGCGGUGCAACACGGCGGACUCCGUGGAGAGGACCCACUCCCUAUAUAGAUAUACAGUAAACAGCUCAUUCUAAGGUAACGGAAACACAACGAUUCUUAUUUUGAGGUGAUUAUACACCAAAGAAAACAUACUUAUUAAUAUUAUAUACCAUUUCUGACAAUAGAUCCCCCUAAUUGUUACACACUGGUCCUUUAAGUAUAUUAGUGCCAUACAUUACAGCUCAAAAGAUAAAAUGCAGCCCAAAUAGAUUCAGCAGUCUCUACCUGAUCCUGUAAAGUGCACUGCCAAAAACGUUUAGGCUCUCAUUUAUAUAUUCCUAUCACUGGGAAUAUAACAUAACGUCUUCUCUGAAAGUAAAAGAUGCAAGGUAGCUGAGCACUUUCUUUGUAAUCCAGAAGUAUGCAAUAUUUAAUACAAAUAAUAUCACGUUUCCUUUCACAUUGGCAUUUAAUAUAAUGCUUCUACUGUAGCAUUUAAUUUACACAUUUAUCAUAAUCAUCUUGUCCUACCUGUGUUUUAGUUUCCAAUUACACACCAGUUAUUUUCAUAUGCAUAUUACACUUAAAAUCCUAUAACCUUAUAUCUGCAUUUAUUACUUUCAGUAUUUCAUUAUUUUCUGUGUUUCUUUCAUUCCUUUCAUUCUUCUGUAUUCAAACUUUUGAUCUAAUUGUUUGUACUUUCUAAAAAAAAUGUUAUAAAUCUAUAAAUAUAUAUAUUCACAAAGGAUGAAUACAUACAAUACAUACGCCGUAUGAUACUUUUACAGGUUAGAAGAGCGAUUAGAUGUCACUUGACAAGUUGAUUGUGGUUGUACGAGGCUGCUUUGUCUCCGUGUCACUGCUAGUGAAAACAUUUAUAGACAAAAGAAACAAGUUCAUCCAGCCACACGUUGACCAGAAUUGAUGCUGCUGUUCCUCUCUUCAAUUCCCACCGGAAUCACUCAUAUCUUAAGCAUAUUUUGUUGUAUCUUUAUUUGCUUACUUUUUAUAGACCCAUUUACAAUAAAAUGAAGCAAAAACAAA